AUGGGUUCUUCGUCGGGGCAACCCGAAUUUGAUUACUUGUUCAAAGUUCUAUUGAUCGGAGAUUCUGGUGUUGGGAAGAGCUCUCUGUUGUUGAGUUUCACAUCCAAUACGUUUGAUGAUCUUUCUCCAACAAUCGGUGUGGAUUUUAAGGUUAAGUAUCUUACAAUCGGAGAGAAGAAACUGAAGCUUGCGAUUUGGGAUACAGCUGGGCAAGAGAGAUUUAGGACGCUAACAAGUUCCUACUACAGAGGAGCUCAGGGUAUAAUUAUGGUAUAUGAUGUGACACGGAGAGAUACAUUCACAAAUCUGUCAGAUAUAUGGGCUAAAGAAAUCGAUCUCUACUCGACUAAUCAGGAUUGCAUCAAGAUGCUUGUUGGGAACAAAGUCGACAAGGAAAGUGAAAGAGCUGUUACUAAAAAAGAAGGCAUAGACUUUGCUCGUGAGUACGGGUGCUUGUUUCUGGAGUGUAGUGCAAAGACUCGGGUUAAUGUUGAGCAAUGUUUUGAAGAGCUUGUUCUUAAGAUUUUGGAAACGCCGAGUCUUACUGCUGAAGGUUCGUCUGGAGGGAAGAAGAACAUCUUCAAACAAAACCCAACACAGACAAGCAGUGCUUCGUCGAGCUACUGUUGCUCGUCUUAG